UUAUAUUGACAUUUGUGUUUGUGCAUUUGUGACGAAGAUUCUUACAUGGUUCCGAUAAAAAUUGAUUAUUUUUAAAAUAGAACGAAUUAUAAAAAAAAAAUAGUGAAAAUGAGCAACCGGCAUAGAGAAGGACAUUCGCACAAAACCUCUGGAACAAGAGAGCGAUCGCGAUCCAGAUCUCCCAGAAGAAUAGAACAAUUCAAGAAAGAAAUAAAAACUGAACCUAUUGAACAGUCUGGGUCGAAGGAGAUUAAAAAGAUUGAAAAUGUUUCAUUGGGUGCCAAAAAUAGACUGAAGAGUAUGGGGAUACAAAUGAAAUUAAACUCAAUGAAAACUACCACAGUAAACAAACCAAAAUUAACAGUUGCUUCAGCUUUUAACAAUGAUAGUGAUGAUGAACCUGAAGAAAUGCCACCGCAAGCUAAAAUGAGGAUGAGAAAUAUUGGAAGAGACACUCCCACAUCUUCAGGACCAAAUUCUUUUGGAAAAACUAAACAGGGUUUUUCUGAUGCCAAAAAAGUAUUUGAGAAAACUUUAAAAGAAGCCAUGGACAGUGCUUUGGCUGAUGACUAAAUAAACUUAGUUUUUAUUAUACAGAAUUAAAUUAGUAUUAAUGUUUUUAUUCUUUUAAUGCAAUAAAAUAUUUAUAUUCCAC